GCAGUACGAAUAUCAGAAGUAAUGAAAGUAAAAGCCAUGUCUGAAUUUUGUUUUCGUUUCUUAAAUAUAUUUCAUUUAAAGGAAUUUAGCAUGAAUACUCCUACUGGGAAUGGCAACACUAAAUAGAACGGAUUGUUUUGGUGUUUUUGGUUUCGUCCCGAAAAUUCUAAAAUGUGGUGAAGACAGCUAUCUUAUUGUGAUUUGCGAUUGGAAGUGAUAGAUUAUUUCAUAAGGCAUGGAUGUUGAAAGAACUGAUAAUUUUUUGCCUGUUCUAAAUUUAACUGAGGAUGUAGAGAAGCUUGCUUUGUAUUACUCAGCAUUACGAGCAUAUACUGCUGAUCAUGAGCGAGUUUUGCUUUCUAUACAAAGGCGGUUAAAAGCUGGUAGAAAACAGAUUGAUCUUUGCUCACGAGAAUCAAAAGCAAUAGAAUUAAAGUUGAAUGCAGUGGAACUGAAAAUAACUGAAACUGUGUUGUUAAAUCAAGAAUCAGAAACAGUCAUUUCUUUCUUGUGUACCUGGGACUUUGAGUAUUUCACACCUUUAACUUUGGAAGUAUUUCCACCUUUAACUAUUGGAAGGGAAGCUUGGCAGUAUUUAGGUUCAAGCCAAGCAAAGAAUGAGCAGGAUCAUGCUGCUAUAGCAGCUCUGAAAAGGUGCUUGGAGUUGGAUCCUGAUGAUUUAAAUGCGUUAAUGUCUUUAGCAGUUAGUUACACAAAUGAAACACUUCAAGUUCAAGCAUGUGAAACAUUGGUGAAGUGGCUGUUAAAAAAUCCAAAAUACACCCACUUAGUUAAAUCUAACUUUGUUGAUGACUCUUGGCCAGUAUCAUCUAUAUUACCAAGUAACAAAAGGGAAGCGGCCAAAGAAAUGUUUAUUGAAGCAGCUCGAAUGAACCCUACUGAUCCAGAUCCUGAUGUUCAGAAUGGUCUAGGUGUUCUCUUUAACCUCUCCAGUGAAUAUGGCAAAGCAGUAGAUUGUUUUAAAGCUGCUUUGCAAGUAAGACCAGAUGAUAGUUUGCUUUGGAACCGAAUUGGGGCAACCUUAGCUAAUAGUAAUAGGCCUGGAGAAGCUAUUGAAGCUUAUUAUCAUGCUUUAGAACUCUAUCCAGGCUUCAUUCGUGCUCGUUUCAAUUUGGGUAUCAGCUGUAUCAAUCUUGGUGCUGCUAAAGAAGCAGCUGAGCACUUUUUGUCUGCACUUAAUCUACAGAAUGCUGGAAGAGGUCCACAAGGGAAGUCAUCUAAAGCUGCUAUGUCAAGCAAUAUUUGGUCUACUCUGCGUAUUGUAAUGACACUCAUGAAGAGGAUGGAUUUAUACCAAGCUGUUGACAACAAAGAUCUUGAUUUGCUCAAUAAAGAAUUUGGGAUGGAAGUCUAAUUAAAAUAUAUAAAAAUUCAAUUAUAUUUAUUUGUAGUUUAUCCAUCAUAGACUAUUCAGUUAUUUGAAUUUCUUCUCCAUAAAGAAGAAAUUAUUUACAAACGUAACAUACAAAUUAUUUACAUACUGUAUUUGCUUGCCUCUAUAGUAACCUUCCAAAGAUUUAUAUGAUCUAGUAUUAUUUCUAUAUUCUUCUUUUGCUCUUUAUUAUUGUGUAACUCCUGCAUAAAAUUUCAAUUCCAAUAAUAAAUUUUCAUUGUUUUUUACCAAUUUUGGAAUUGUUGCUUCCCCGCCCCCCAGAAUGUUUUUUUUUAUAUAUAUACAAUCUAUGACGCGAGAGAAAUAUUAGCUUCUUAAAACAUUCUUUCUAGGAGAAUUAAUAUAAAAAUUUAUAUUUAAUAUAUAUAUUUUUUUAAAGCUGGGACUUGAACCAAACUGUAAAACUUUUAAAGUUUAAUUUACAUGGUGGUUAUAAUUAAAGUCCCACUUUGAAAUGGUCAUAAUCCCCCAGAAUGUAUUUACAUGGCAAAAUUUUUGUAUAUAUCUGCUGAACUUAUUGAAGACUGGUAAUUCUGUUAAAAUUUUAAUUUUGAUAAAAUGAACUAAUUACAUUGAUUGGUCCCAUUUGUAAGCACAAGCCAGUUUCAGCAAAGCACGUUCUAGAAUACUGGUAGGGUAAAUUUAUUAGUUUACAUAAUAUAAGUAUUCAAAAAUAUAAAUUCAAGUUAUAAAAAUUAUUGAUUGAAUUCAUGUGAAAAGUAAAUAAUUACUAAAUAAUUAAUAGGUUUAAAAGUUCUUUAUAAGGAAUGUUAUUCUUAAAGUCAGUACAUUAUUUGACAUUUUAUCAGCUAUUGCUUCAUAAUUAGGACCAGUGUGAUGAAAUCCCUGCUCAUAAGCAAUCAAGUUGUUCAUAUUGAAGUUGAUUUGUGUACUUUUAUUUUGUGAUAUUAAUUAUUGAAAACAGUGAUUCACAAAAAUAUAUGGAAUCGAAAAGCGAUUUUAUCUAGUAUGAUGCUCUUGAUUGAUGUAAACAAAUACACUUAUAUUUCUGAGGUAAGCUGCUAAGUAUUUAAAAAAGUUAUAUUUUAUUGAAAAAUUAAAUAUUUUUAUCAUAGUCACAGGACAGCCGGCACACAUAAAACUGUUGACAGUUGCAAUGGUACCUGCGGGCUUUAGAGUUGACGACCCCUGUUCUACAUGAAGAUUUUAGAGCAGUUAGCCUCAGUGUCUUUGAAAUAGUCUAUUUUCUAGCUACUGUUGAAAUUUAUUAUAAUGUUUAAAAUCAAACUUAUGUUGCAUUUCUGUAUAAUGGUAUCUUGUAAAUAAGUUUAACUAAUAAAAUUAGUAAUAUUAUUUAAUGAAA